UGCGCGGCCCCGCGAGGCGCGUCUCUCCCUCGCGAGCUCGGUGAAAGGAUUUGGCGCCAGGCGGGUCCGCUCUGCAGCUGCCGCAGCCGCACGAACCAGCCGCGCCACCCACCCACCCGCGUCCCACCGGGGCCUCGACCCAGCGCCGCCGCCCGACCGAGCCCAGCGCCGCCAGGCAUCGCGCCGCCGCCAUGAGCUGCUCGCCCGUCAACGUGAAGAAGCUGAAGGUGUCGGAGCUGAAGGAGGAGCUGAAAAAGCGGCGUCUCUCCGACAAGGGCCUCAAGGCCGACCUCAUGGAGCGGCUCCAGGCCGCGCUAGACCAAGAGGAGGCCGGCGGGGGAGGCCCCGCCAGCAGCGCCGCCGAGCCCGGCAACGGCAGCAUGGAGGGGGAGGCGGCCGAGAUCGGCCAGGAGGGAGGCCCCGACCAGGCCGCGGCCUCCACCGCCGAGGACGACGACGAGGAGGGGAUGGAGGCGGCCGAUGGCGACGCCAUGGAGCUGGGCGAGGAGAACGGCGAGCGGGCGGGGGCCGGGGGCGGCCCGAUGGAGGAGGAGGCGGGCGGCUCGGAGGAGGAGGAAGAAGAGGAGGAUGAGAACGGAGACGACCAGGGCUUCCAGGAGGGGGAGGACGAGCUCGCCGACGAGGAGGAGGCCGAGGCCGAAGACGCCAACGGGCACGGGGAGCAGCAGCCCCCGCAGCAGCAGCAGCAGCCGCCGCCGCUCCUGCAGCCCCAGCAGCGGGGGCCCGCCAAGGAGGCGCCCGGGAAAAGCGGCGCCUCGGGACCCCCGGCAACGGCUCCUGCCGACCCGGCGGCCGCGGCCAAGUACCAGCAGCCGCCGCCGCAGCAGGACAAGAAGAAAGCGGAAGGCGGCGGCGGAGGCGGCCGCCCCGGGGCCCAGGCUGUCGGGGGAGAUACUAAAACAGAACAACAAAAAGCUGGUGAUAAAAAGAGAGGUGUGAAGAGACCACGUGAAGACCAUGGCCGGGGAUAUUUUGAAUAUAUUGAGGAAAACAAGUACAGCAGGGCCAAAUCUCCUCAACCACCUGUUGAAGAGGAAGAUGAACAGUUUGAUGACACAAUGGUUUGUCUUGAUACUUAUAACUGCGACUUACAUUUUAAAAUCUCAAGAGACCGUUUUAGUGCUUCCUCUCUGACCAUGGAAAGUUUUGCCUUUCUUUGGGCUGGAGGGAGAGCUUCCUAUGGAGUUUCUACAGGCAAAGUCUGCUUUGAAAUGAAGGUUACAGAGAAGAUUCCUGUUAAACAUCUGUAUACAAAAGACAUUGACAUACAUGAAGUGCGGGUUGGCUGGUCACUGAAUACAAGUGGAAUGUUGCUUGGUGAAGAAGAAUUUUCUUAUGGAUAUUCUCUAAAAGGAAUAAAGACAUGCAAUUGUGAGACUGAAGACUUUGGUGAGAAGUUUGAUGAAAAUGAUGUGAUUGCGUGUUUUGCUAAUUUUGAAGGUGAUGAAGUGGAACUCUCGUAUUCCAAGAAUGGGCAGGAUCUUGGUGUUGCAUUCAAAAUCAGUAAGGAAGUUCUUGAUGGGCGACCACUCUUCCCACAUGUUCUCUGCCAUAACUGUGCAAUUGAAUUCAACUUUGGUCAGAAGGAUGAACCCUACUUUCCCGUACCUGAAGAGUAUAGCUUCAUUCAGAAGGUUCCAUUAGAUGAUCGGGUUAGAGGACCAAAGGGACCUGAACAAAAGAGAGACUGUGAAGUGGUAAUGAUGAUUGGCUUGCCUGGAGCUGGGAAGACCACAUGGGUUUCCAAACAUGCAGCAGAAAACCCUGGAAAAUACAAUAUCCUUGGAACAAAUACUAUUAUGGACAAAAUGAUGGUUGCAGGAUUUAAGCGGCAGAUGGCUGACACUGGAAAACUUAACACACUGUUGCAGAGAGCUCCGCAGUGUCUUGGCAAGUUCAUUGAGAUUGCCGCUCGUAAGAAGCGGAACUUCAUUUUGGAUCAGACAAAUGUGUCUGCAGCUGCGCAGAGGAGAAAAAUGUGCCUGUUUGCAGGCUUCCAGCGCAAAGCAGUUGUUGUUUGCCCAAAAGAUGAAGACUACAAGCAAAGAACACAAAAGAAGGCAGAGGUGGAGGGAAAAGAUCUUCCAGAGCAUGCAGUUCUCAAAAUGAAAGGAAACUUCACACUGCCGGAGGUAGCAGAAUGUUUUGAUGAAAUAACCUAUGUAGAAUUACAGAAAGAGGAGGCUGAGAAGCUCUUGGAACAAUAUAAGGAAGAAAGUAAAAAAUCUCUUCCUCCUGAAAAGAAACAGAACACUGGCUCAAAGAAGAGUAACAAAAAAAGUGGUAAAAAUCAGUUUAACAGAGGUGGCCAGAGAGGACGGGGAGGAUUCAACAUGCGUGGCAACUUCAGGGGAGGAGUCCCUGGGAACCGUGGUGGAUACAACAGGAGAGGUGGCAAUAUGCCUCAGAGAGGCGGUGGCGGUGGUGGUGGUGGUGGCAGUGGGGCAAUUGGCUAUCCAUACCCUCGUGGCCCUGUCUUUCCAAGCAGAGGUGGUUACUCAAACAGAGGAAACUAUAACAGAGGUGGAAUGCCCAACAGGGGGAACUACAACCAGAAUUUCAGAGGAAGGGGAAAUAAUCGUGGCUACAAAAACCAAUCUCAGGGCUACAACCAGUGGCAGCAGGGUCAAUUCUGGGGUCAGAAGCCAUGGAGUCAGCAUUAUCACCAAGGAUAUUAUUGAAUACCCAAAUAAACGAACUGAUACAUAUUUCUCCAAAACCUUCACAAGAAGUCGACUGUUUUUCUUUAGUAGGCUAACUUUUUAAACAUUCCACAAGAGGAAGUGCCUGCGGGUUCCUUUUUUAGAAGCUUUGUGGGUUGAUUUUUUUCUUUUCUUUUUUUGUACAUUUUUAAUUGCAGUUUUAAAGUGAUUCGUAAGAGAACCUCAGCAUUGUGCACGAUAAGAGAAUGUGUCAGUAUUUCAGGGUUCUACAUUUUAUCUGUAAAAUGUGACUUUUUUUUUUUUACCACAACAAAAGUAAAACGUUGCUUUGUACCUGGUGUCUUUUUAUUAAAGAAUUUUCUCCUUUUUCCUCCCUCCCCCAAUUUCUAGGAAACAGUCGUGAGUCAUUGUCACAAUUGAAUAGAAAUGUUAGCAACCAGAUUCAUGUUGAGGCUCAUAGUGGCCCUCAUGAAUAUCAUGAGACUAUGUAAUGCUCAUAUUACACUCCAUCCUCUCUAUGCGGUUUCUGGGUGGAGGGAUUGGGAAAGCAAAAGUUUCUGGCAAUAACUAGAAAGGUUUUAUAAGAUUGGAAUUCAGCAAAACUUGGGGCAAAGAGGAAACCUAGAGCUAAAUAGUGAAGGUGGAGUGCAUGUAGAAGAGCUCUUCAAGUGUAAAACUUGGUUGCAUUAAUUGUGAAGGCUCAAACUUGUGAAGGUACAACACCAUGAAUUCUUUACCAUUUGUUCUGCAUUUUGAUUCUGAAAAGAAGCUGGCUUUGCCCAUUUCUUAUUAAACAAAACUUGUUGUAAAUCCAGUUGUCUAAUGGGAUCUAUAUGAAGUUAGCUGUGUGUCUGUAUAACCCCUUUUCCCCCCUAAAUACUGUAUACCUAGUGUGCUUGUAGUAGUUACUCCACCAUUUUGUAAGCUAAUGAAACUGUGAGUCACCCAUUUUAUAUCUAAUUUUUAAUCAUGUCAAUUCUCAAAUGGGUGUAUCUCCUUAGCCUGCUGAUUCCUUUUUCUCUUUAAAAAAAAAAAAAGUAGGUGGAGAAAUUUAACUUUAGACGUUUGUUUGCAAUAAAAUAAAUUCAUUUUACUCUUGUUUUGGGAUUCUCGCCAUCAAGGUCUAAAAUCCCUUUUUUAAAACUCUUCAGAGGAAGAAGAGAAUGUACAAACUUAUGUUGGACAGCUCCAAUGCUUUACUCUGUACACUCUAAAAAUACUGGAAUGAAAACUGGUGGCUUUUGUUGCUGUGGAAAACUUGCUUGUAAAGGAACUACGUUUAUCAUAAGACAAAUGUUAACCUAGCUGAAAGAAAAGUCUUUCAUUAAACUUCCAUAUGACAGUAAA